AUGCCGCCACCGCCGUCGCGGCCACCGUCUUCGUCUUCCCACCUCGGCGCCUUCCUGAGGCACGCGUUCAGCCCGCCAGUGCACGGCGAGGACUACUCGAUCCCGCAUGCGCUGGUGAGCGUGGACAUGCUAAUCCUAUUCGCGGCCAUCGCCUGCGGCGCCGGCGGCACGCUGACGGCGAUCAACAACAUGGGGCAGAUCGGGCAGUCUCUGGGGUACCCUCCCGAGACCAUGGACGCCUUCAUCUCCCUCAUCAGUGUCUGGAACUACGCCGGCCGCGUCGCUGCCGGAUACGCCUCCGAGUCCCUCCUGGCGCGCUACAGGUUCCCGCGGCCGCUCGCGCUCAGGGCGGUGCUGCUCGCCUCCUGCGCCGGCCACCUACUCAUCGCCUUCGGCGCGCCCGGGGGGCGCGCUCUACGGGGCGUCGGUGCUCGUCGGCUUCUGCUUCGGCGCACAAUGGCCGCUGCUCUACGCCGUCAUCUCCGAGCUGUUCGGGCUCAAAAUGCUUAG